ACUUCUGGCCAGGCGCGUGCGCCCAUUGAAACCGUCUAUAUAAAGCUUGAAGCAUCAGAAUCGGUAUCGGCCGAUCACCAUGACAAGAAAUCGGUACUCAGUAUCGGCGGCAAAAAUCCUGAUUGGAGCAUCCCUACUAAGAAUGACUUGUGGCUUUCAGAUCUUCACGCUCCCACGUGACGGUAUUCUUAAUGUGACCGUGAGAAGUGUGCCAUCCAGAUGUCACUGGGUUUUGUUGAUAGCCUCGCCCCUCAUCCACCCCCAACCCAUGCUGGAGGUCACGGCGUGUGUUGAAUUGCAACUUGAAACAAGACACGAACGGCAGGCGCUCGAAGCAUUCGCCACUGAGCCCUUCUGGACGAUUAGUACUUUCCGUGCAUAAAGACACACACACAUUAAAUCAGAUCACGUGUAUAAACUCGAGAGGGAGGUGUGGUUUUGUUGUGGUUUUGCACAUGCACAUGUUUUUUGCUGAUAUUCAGCUAGUGCUCUUUGAUUGAACAUGCGUUGAUGACUUCCAGGACACUUCAUUCACACAGACUGCUGAUGUGUGAUUGGUGCUCUGCCGCUGUCCGCCAGCAUGGUAGACAUGGAGAAGCACUACAGCCCCCCGUCUCCGCUGGACCACUCCGUGCUGGACAGUCCUCUGUGCCGGGACUUCAUCGGGGGAAUGGAAGAGCUUCAGGACAUCUCUCAGUCCAUGGAGGAGGACGCUCUCAGCAGCUUGGAGGUGACCGAGAACCAGUCGUCGGGUCUGGGCUCCGGAUCGGAGAGCUCCACUGCGUUAGAUGCACUGACUCCCGCGUCCAGCCCGUCGUCAGGUGUGUACGGUGGCCCGGCGGGACAGGACGAGUUCACCUGCACCUCUCUGACCCUGGGGUGCCGCGUGUGUUCGGACCGCGCGUCAGGAUACCACUACGGAGUUCACGCGUGUGAGGGCUGCAAGGGUUUCUUCCGCCGGACCAUUCGCCUCAAACUGGAGUACGAUAAAUGUGAACGCCGCUGUAAGAUCCAAAAGAAGAACCGAAACAAGUGCCAAUACUGUCGCUUUCAGAAGUGCCUGUCAGUGGGCAUGUCCCACAAUGCCAUCCGCUUUGGGCGAAUGCCACAGUCGGAGAAGCUGAGGUUGAAGGCGGAAAUCCUAACGGGAGAACGAGAGAUCGAGGACCCACAGCUGGCCGAUCAGAAAACCCUGGCCAAGCAGAUCUACGAGGCCUACCUGAAGAACUUCAACAUGAACAAAUCUAAAGCACGGACCAUCCUAACAGGCAAGACGAGCACACCGCCUUUUGUCAUCCACGACAUGGAGACGCUGCAGUUGGCCGAACAGACUCUUGUGGCCAAGAUGGUAGGCUCUUCUGGGGCUCUGCUGAAUAAAGACGCUGAGGUUCGAAUCUUCCACUGCUGUCAGUGCACUUCGGUCGAGACAGUGACCGAGCUGACUGAAUUCGCCAAAUCCGUGCCAGGCUUCUCAGACCUGGACUUAAAUGACCAGGUGACAUUAUUAAAGUACGGCGUCCAUGAGGCGCUCUUCGCCGUGCUGGCGUCGUGCAUGAAUAAAGACGGCCUGCUGGUCGCGUACGGCAGCGGCUUCAUCACCAGAGAGUUUCUGAAGAGCUUGCGACGGCCGUUCAGCGAAAUGAUGGAGCCCAAGUUUCAGUUUGCCAUGAAGUUCAACUCCCUCGAACUGGACGAUAGUGACCUCGCACUGUUUAUCGCUGCCAUCAUCUGCUGUGGAGAUCGGCCAGGCCUGGUGAACGUCCCGCACAUCGAGCGAAUGCAGGAGAGCAUCAUAAACGUGCUUCAUCUGCACCUCAAGAGCAACCAUCCAGACAACGGUUUCCUCUUCCCUAAAGUCCUCCAGAAACUAGUGGACCUGCGGCAGCUGGUGACGGAGCACGCUCAGUUAGUGCAGGAAAUCAAGAAGACAGAAGACACUUCGCUGCAUCCCUUACUGCAGGAGAUUUACAGAGACAUGUACUGAGUCGGCUUUGGCUCAUUCGUCUGCUUGAUUUCUAGAAAAAGCCGUUUCUCUCAGGGGCCCUCAAAACAAGUCCCCUCCACAGCUACACUGUGAUCUUUAAUAAGGGGCGUCAUGUGAACCACUAUUUCCGUGAUUUCUGGAUGAAAACGGCAAGAGCAUCAGGGUUCUUCAGUACCGCUGAGUUAAACAAUGGUUCCUGUCGUAAGUGGUUUAAAGAGAAAAACAAGACAAUGCCAAUUAAAAUGCAUCCUGUGGGUUUAGGAUCUUUUUUGGGGGGGAUAUUUUAUAAACUCUUACUGGUCUCUUGGACCUGAAACUGUGAAUAGAAACCCUACAAUCCAACGUAAUCAUACAGCAAUAUGAUUUUUUUAUAUUGACACGGUAACUUUUGAUAGUGUGCGCUUUAAACCUGCAGUUUUCACCCAAGUGACUUCCACAUAGACCUGCCGUAACCAGUGAAACUGACCGUUUUGUAACGCUACAGGGAUUUUUGCUUCAUGGUUAACAUUGUCGUGAACACAGAAUAAAUUUUUUUGAUCAUGCUAACCUGGGAAAUCAAAAAUAUGACAGCCAAUUCGCAAAUCUUUUUCAAUCAAAUCGAAAUUAUUU